CUGGAAGGUUUCAUUUGCCGCUGCUCCUGCUCCAACUCCUGCUGCUCCUCCCGUUUCGAAGAGGCGAGGUGAAUCCGUCGACCGUAAAUGGCUGAAGGAACUAAGGUAGCUGAUUUUAUCCCUGAAUCUGUGUUAAAGAAAAGGAAGAGAAGUGAGGAAUGGGCUUUAUUGAAGAACAACGAGCUGAAGACAAAGAAGGAUAAGAAUGCUGAAAAUAGAAAGAUAAUCUUCAAGAGGGCUGAGCAAUAUAGCAAAGAAUACAGAGAGCAGGAAAGAGAGUUGAUAAGGUUGAAAAGAGAGGCCAAACUGAAAGGAGGAUUUUAUGUGGAACCAGAGGCCAAGCUGCUUUUCAUUAUUCGCAUCCGUGGUAUCAAUGCAAUGGAUCCAAAGACAAGAAAAAUUUUGCAACUUCUGCGUCUGAGACAGAUAUUUAAUGGCGUGUUUCUCAAAGUGAACAAGGCAACCAUGAACAUGCUGCAUAAGGUUGAGCCCUAUGUGACUUAUGGAUAUCCUAAUCUCAAAAGUGUGCGGGAGUUGAUCUAUAAGAGGGGUUAUGGAAAGCUGAACAAGCAAAGGAUUGCUCUCACUGAUAAUUCCAUCAUUGAACAGGCUUUGGGAAGUUUUGGAAUUAUUUGCAUGGAAGAUCUGAUUCAUGAGAUCAUGACUGUGGGACCUCAUUUCAAGGAGGCAAAUAAUUUUCUCUGGCCAUUUAAGCUGAGUGCUCCAUCUGGAGGUUUAGAGAAGAAAAGAAACCAUUAUGUGGAGGGUGGUGAUGCUGGAAAUCGGGAGGAUUACAUCAAUGAGCUCAUUAGGAGGAUGAAUUAGAUCCUUUUACAUUUGCUUCAGUCAUUUUGAUUUCUGUUUUUUAGAAAGUAAGGCUUCAGGAGUUUUGCAUGCAUUACAAGUUUUGAGCGAACUUUGUAAUCCACACAUUAUUUUCUUUACCUUGGUUGAGUUAUUCAAGUUAUAAGGUUCUAAUGUACCA